AUGACAAGCACAAUUCCAGCACAUUCUCACAUUGUUAAUGAUCCAGGACACAAUCACGGUGGAUCAACAGAUUCCAGUACAACAUCCUACCUUUCUUAUUCUGGUACUGCUGUCUCCUUCUAUCUAUACUCUGGAUCUUAUGUUUCUGCUUCGACUCAUUCACAUUCAAUACAAACCGAUUACACAAAUAUUAUCUUAGAGGCGAAUGGAAGUCAUACACAUACAAUAAAUGGAACAACAGGCUCAACAGGAAUGGGUCAACCAUUCAACAUAAUGCCUCCUUAUCAAACAGUUCAUUAUAUUAUUCGAGCAAACUUAUAA